AUGGAUCUCCACAAAUGUCGGAAAAUUACAUGGGCCAUCGUCUCUUUCAUCAUCUUCUUCAGUUUCAGCGAAGAGUCUAAAGCCUAUGACCAUGCAUCUCUAGAAGCCUUUGUUCGUGACAAAGCAAACCGAGAAAUAGCAAAACCUCGUACAGGUACCUUUUACAACAUUCCUCUUCCUUCUAACUUCUCAGGCAUGAAAUUCUCAGUUCUCAGAGUUCGAAGUGGUUCUUUAAGGCUAAGAGGAGGGAACUAUAGUCACUUCAAUCUCCCACCUAUGAUCAAACCAGAGCCUCACGUCGAGAGAAUAGCCAUAGUAUUUGAAAACUUUGGAAACUGGUCAUCUCGUUACUACGAUGUUCCCAAUCACACCAUGGUAACUCCAGUUCUUAGUCUGAUGGCUUAUAAUACUUCAGAAGCAGGAUUAGUGCUAAGUCAAAGGCUAAAUUUGAGCAUCCCAGAAAAGAAUCCCAUCAAAGUUCGAUUUUUUCGAAGUUGGGUUCAUGGGAAAAGGGGAGAAAAACCAAUUUGUGCAAAGCUUGGUAAUGACGGUAGGUUGGUUGGACUGAAGAACAUGAGUGAACCAUUUGUGUGUGAGAUACGUAGCGAAGGACACUACACGCUAGUGGUUCCAUCGCUGGAAGAAGCUAAAGACAAGGGGCAGAAGGAUAAUAAUAGGACAAGGUGGAUCGUAGUAUUAGGAAUUGGAAGUGGGUUGAUUGUGUUGUUGUUCGUGGUUUUCGUUUUUGUGUGUGUUAAGGUAAUGAAGAGAAGGAAGAUUCAAAAAAUGGAGGAAAAAUCAGAAAAAGAUGUGAUUAUUGGUGAGUUCUGGGUUGGACAGAGCAAAAUGCCUGCUGCCUCAAUGGUUAGAACCCAGCCGGCACUUGAGAAUUGA